UUGAGAACCGACGAACUUACAUCGCCCACCGUAAAACGCCAAGGAAUCGCUCUCACCGUCCACUCUGCUAAUCAGAGAAGUACAAGGAACGAUCCCAGGGUUUACUACCUCGCCGCUCUUCGUCUGGCCCCUCACCCCAGACCUCACCGGUUUGGUAAAACCUACCGGUAUAGCCCUGGGGAUCAUUGGAGCACGCAAGCCCCCCCACCACGACAAGGUGGCGGCCCCCGGGGGGGGGGGGAUUCAGUGAGCAGCUACUAA